AUGACUACCUCUUCUUACUGUUUUUCUCCCACUAGAAACCCAAUCACACAUUCAAACACAAACUUGUUGUUUCUCAAUUCAAACCUUUAUCUACCAAAACACAGAAACCAUGCUCCUUUCACUUACGAAACCAAGAAAGAUUUCAUUUCCAACAUACCCAAAUCCACAAUUUCGCUUCUCAACAUCAAGAACCACCAUAAAUCCACACACCCUUUUGCAUCUUUAUCAUCUUUUGCUCAAAAUCAAGAAGGUGAAGGUGAAGGUGAAAAUCAAGAAAGUGCUAAAGAAGAAGCUCAAGGAAUGGGGUUAAAGAUUAAGUUGUUGUCAUACGCAACACUUCUGUUUGGGUUUUAUAUGGCUUGGAAUAUUGGUGCGAAUGAUGUGGCGAAUGCCAUGGGGACAUCGGUGGGGUCCGGGGCUUUGACUCUCCGGCAGGCGGUGCUGACCGCCGCGGUGUUAGAGUUUUCCGGCGCGUUGUUGAUGGGGCGGCAUGUGACGAGUACAAUGCAGAAAGGGAUUCUUGUUGCUAAUGUUUUUCAAGGGAAGGAUGCUUUGCUUUUUGCAGGGUUAUUAUCGUCUUUAGCCGCUGCGGGUACUUGGUUACAAGUUGCAUCAUACUAUGGUUUGCCUGUCUCGACUACACACUGUAUUGUGGGAUCCAUGGUUGGGUUUGGGCUCGUGUAUGGAGGACCCGAUGCGGUUUUCUGGAGCUCAUUAGCAAGGGUGACAUCAUCUUGGGUUAUAUCGCCUCUUAUGGGUGCAGCAGUUUCCUUCCUCGUGUACAAAUGCAUCCGUAGGUUUGUUUACAGUGCUCCAAACCCCGGACAAGCAGCGGCUGCAGCUGCACCGAUUGCUGUUUUCGUGGGUGUCACAGCAAUAACUUUUGCAGCUUUUCCUCUAAGCAACACGCUCCCAAUAGCAUUCACCCAAGCUUUAGCAUGUGGGACACUUGGGGCAUUCCUAUUCAACAACAUCAUCCGAAAACAACUCGGUCACCUCCUCGACAAGUCAAACUCAAAGUCAAACUCAAACUCGACACCACAAGAGCCACACGAAGAGUCAACAACCAAAACCAUCGGUUUCCUAUCAGAUAUCGCGGGGCCCACAGGCACCCAAUUGGAAAUAGUUUACGGGGUGUUUGGAUACAUGCAAAUUCUAUCCGCUUGCUUCAUGUCAUUCGCGCAUGGUGGAAAUGACGUUUCUAAUGCGAUAGGCCCUUUAGCUGCGGCUCUUUCUAUAUUACAAGGGGGUGCGACCGGGGGCGAAAUCGUAAUUCCAAUGGAUGUUCUUGCAUGGGGUGGAUUUGGGAUUGUUGCGGGGCUUAUGAUGUGGGGGUAUAGAGUGAUAGCUACGAUUGGUAAAAAGAUCACCGAGUUGACUCCUACAAGAGGUUUUGCAGCUGAAUUUGCUGCUGCUUCGGUUGUACUCUUUGCAUCAAAACUUGGACUUCCUAUCUCGGCAACUCAUACUCUUGUGGGUGCAGUUAUGGGAGUCGGGUUUGCAAGGGGGCUUAAUAGUGUGAGGGCGGAAACUGUGAGGGAAAUUGUUACUUCAUGGGUGGUUACUAUUCCAGUCGGCGCUGUGUUUGCUGUGAUUUACACGUGGCUCUUUACCAAGUUCUUGCCAAAUAUUUUUUGAGUGUACAUCGAAUAAAUAAUUCGAAUUUGAAUGAUUUUGAGGCUCUAUCAAACACUAAUUAAUUACUCAACUUUUUUCUUUUAUUUGAUAUAUAAUCAAUGAUUGAUUGCCUCAUGUUGGAAACCA